AUGUGGCAAACAGAAAAAUUUCUUUGAAGAGACAAAAUGAGGAGGAAUACUUUUCUUUAUAUUCCUAAUAUCAUCGGCUACUUGAGAAUACUGUUAGCUAUAGGUGCGUUUUGGCAAUGGGAACAAAGCAAUCGAUUCUUUUUGCUAUAUUUAACAAGUUUCCUUCUUGACGCAGCUGAUGGCUAUGCAGCUCGCUAUUUUCACCAAAGUAGUGAGUUGGGUGCUUUGUUGGACAUGCUAACGGAUCGUUGUGCCACAGCUGCUUUGUUGACUUUAUUAUCUCACUUGUAUAAGCAAUAUGUGUUGAUAUUUCUAUUUUGUAUCGUAUUGGAUGGUUUUAGUCACUGGUUACAGAUGAUUGCUGGGUUGGCGAGUGGAACGACAAGUCAUAAACAAGCUGGUCGCUUCACUUUACUUAAAAUUUAUUAUUGGAGACCUGUACUGACUUUGGCUUGUUUACUGAAUGAAUUGUGUUUCUUGUGUCUUUAUUUGCUCCAUUUCUUGUCGUCAAGUAGUGAUUGGAGCAAGUUGGUUCACAUCGUAUUUUAUGUAUCUCUUCCUAUUUGUAUUCUCAAACAAUUCAUCAGUUUGUUACAAGUAUGGAGUUCGUAUAUUAUUAUUUUUGAUACUUUUACAUCCACAUAAAUCACAAGUACUCUCCAUGAGGAGAAGAAUUUUCUUUU